AUGUUCUGCAUAGCAGGGGAGAAGGACAGCGCAGAUGUCUUCCUGCUAAGUGUGAACAUCGUGCUGCAUUUUGAAAAGGAGUUUGCGUCCCCCUUGUCCCUCCCACCCCACUUCAUCCGAUUGCCUGUUCAAGCACCGCCCCCCGGUGAUGUCAUCAUCCUAGAUCACGUUUGGCACAUGUGCCUGCAGCAGAGACUGGACGUCCCGGUUUGGCAGCAGUACUAUGACCGCAGUGUUGCCACAAGGGCCCUGAAACAGGAUGAAGAUACCACAGACCUGUGGACCAUCCUCUUCAGACGACAACAGCUCCAAAACCGGCUUCAGUUUCUACAGGAGAUCCAAAAGAAGAAGAACAAAAUAGAAGGAUACCUUGCAAAUGAAGAGGGCCCUUCAGAACUGGACAGAAUAGAGGAGGAGUUGAAGUUACUGGAGCAAAAAGAGAAGGAUCUUAUUCAGAAAAAAAGCCAAUGUUUUACAAUACAGGCCACAGACAAAGGUCCAGUCCAAGGACUCUACAUUCUCCCUGUUACUCCCAAAGAAAUUAUUUCCCCUAUCUUUUCUCUGCAAGAGGGAAACACAGGAACUCUUUCCCCUAUCAGUGAUAACACAGAAGCUGUAAUAAACCUGGACGAUGUCACUAUGUCUCCUGCCAAAGUGCAAUGCCCUUCUUGCCAUAAGACUGUCACCACCGAGAUUCACUAUAAAGUGGGCAGCAAUGCCUUCCUCUUUUGCUGUCUCUUGUCUGUGGUGGGGUGUCUGGCUGGAUGUUGCCUGAUCCCCUUCUGUAUGGAUCGCUUCAAAGAUGUCAGCCACAUUUGUCCGUCCUGCCAUAAAAACAUCUGUGAAGUAAAUAGGAUUUGAAGCAUAGAAUAAAACAGUUCCUGAUCUGUGAGACCAUGACUAUAAAUACAUCAGAAGAACCUGAAGCUGGACCCAAGACACUGUCAGUGCUGUUUGAGCCUGUUUUUCAGAGAGAGGGAUUUUUAUCUCUAUCCUGUUGACAGAAUUGUUUGGGAAGUCAAUAUGUAGGCUUUGAGAGACUGUAUAUACAAAUGAAUUCAACCGUAGUCAAGCAAUUAAUAACUGUGCUAGUGGCCACCAGUCAUUUGUAUUAACCUCUUCCAAUAGACAUGCUUUUAGGGUGAUAUAAUCAGUCAUGAGUAGUGUUGGAAGAAGUGCACAAAUCAUGUACUAUUGGCUCAUUUUGAGUCAGAUAUGACCAAAUCAGUGGUUUAUUAACCACUCGAGACUCACUCCUAUUAGACUGAAUCAGAGUUCUUUGCCAUACAGUUGGAUGAGUUAAAUUGAAUGACUGUCACAAUGCUUCAACCAGUUGAAAAGAAUAAAUUAUUUCACCAACAUCAUUAUCAUGCCUUGGAGUGGGUCUCUAGUCAUUUCAAAAUUACAUUUUUCUUUUUACUUUUCUAAAAUGUAGUGCAAUAAAAGUUUCCCCCAAAUUAAAAUAAGCCUAUAAAAGUACAAAUAAAAUGAAAAAAGUAUACAGGCAUGAGCAAUGUGGAUAGUAACAAUGAUCUGGAUAACAAUCCAAGCCCUCGAGACAAAAGAUGUAUCAAUGCAAUGUCUUUUCUUACUGAUAUUCAAACUGAAAUGGCCAGAUUUGAGUGACAUUCAUGUUUCUCUUAAAUGUAAUACUAGUUGCAUUCAUGUAAUAGUCAGGUAAAUGAGCCUGAAGAAUAGUUAUAGUAAAUAUAUUGUAUUAAAUGUCACUAUGAAAACAAUGGAUUUGUUUUUUGUACAUGAAACAUUCUAAUACAUCAUGGAAGACCCAAAGAGUCCAAUUUCAGCUUAAAAA